AUGGAACCUAUAGGCCAACUGAAAGAAUAUUUAAGAAACAGCAGAGAAAAGCGAAAAUCACUGAUAAACAUUGCAAAUGACUAUUAUAACGAAAUUCUAAAAGAAGAAUCACAAAAGCCAAGCUUCAGGUCAAAAUCAAGAGAAAAAGAAAACGAUAGCAAGCUUCCUCCACUUCCGAUAAUUUAUGAAAAGCGAGGUUCAAGCGAUUUGAAAGCAAAGUCAUCUUCAAAGACCCGACUACACACAACUUCUAGCUCAAGAGUAAACCAUGAUGUUCUUCGUCAACGAUACCUAUAA